AGUCACAAAACUUAAACCAAACUAUGUCAAAUAAUCAGGAGGAGCUGAUAAAUAAGCAGUUUCAACACGAAGAGCCGCCAAUUGUGAUUAAUGAUAUGCAAUACGACCAAAUUCAAGACAACGAGAUCCAUGAGGACAUGCAUCUCGAAGGGGAUCAACAUCGAAAUAUUCAACACGAAGAGUUCCAGCAUCAGGCGAUGCCGGCAAACUUCCAAAAUAACUUGGAAGAAAGCAGUUUGAAAAUGGAAACCUUACGUAUGGAUACUCCAUCACCAACGACGUCAUCGACCAGUCAGCAGAGUCUACUAAAUGGACCGCCGAGCAAAAGCAAAGUUCCAAGCAAAGCCCUCGAUUUACCUCUGAGCAGAUCAAAGUUGAAAAAUAAUAAGCAGAAUGCACAAAAACCAGCUACGAUUAGUCAGCAGAGUCUGCUAAAUGAGCAGCCGAGCACAAGCAAAGAUGCACGCGAAGCACUCGAGUUGUCUCUGAACAGAUCGCAGUCGAAAAAUAAUAAGCAGGAUGCACAAAAACCGGACGCGAUUAGUCAGCAGAGCCUACUAAAUGAGCCGCCGAGCAAAAGCAAAGUUGCAAGCGAAGGCAUGGAAUUGCCUCUGAGCAGAUCGAAGUCAAAAAGUAAUAAGCAGGAUACACAAAAACCAGCUACGAUUAGUCAGCAGAGUCUCCUAAAUGAGCAGCCAAGCACAAGCAAAGCUGCGCGCGAAGCACUCGAGUUGUCUCUGAACAGAUCGCAGUCGAAAAAUAAGCAGGAUGCCCAUAAGCCGGAAAAUAAAGCUACGAAAAAACGUCGGAAGCAAUCACCAUUGACAUCGGAGCCACAGCAAUCUAAGAUAAAAACCCAAAAAAAUAAGGAGAGACAGAGACUAGAGGACAGUGAGACGUAUCCGCUAAAUGAGAAACAUUUUGCAAGUGGUAUUCGUAAAUCAGAGCGUGGUCAAGUUCCGCUCUGCAAUACUUUUUGUCAUACUUUAGACGAUCCCUUUGCUUUUAUGCGUUCCCCUGACAAAAAAUUUGGCAACAAAUCAAAUACAUCGUCAAGAAAGAAAUUAAGCAACAAUUCAAACGAUAUUACUUCGAAUGGAGACAAUACGCUUAAGCGUAAGCGUUAUCCACAUGAAGACGAUGAUGCUCAGGGAAAUAGUCCUAACAAGAAUGUACGGAAAAGAAAGAUGACGUCAGCGAACAUAGAGUCAACGCCAGAUCAGCUUGUGCAUACACAAGCCAAGAAACCGAAUUUUGCAAAUUGGCUUCAAAGCGAUUGUAAAAAGAAACCCGAGAGAAAUUUUCAAAUUAUGGCUGACUGUCGUUCACAGAGGGUCUCGACAUUGGGUAAUUUGGAACAUUCGAAUUUAAAUGGCAUUGAGUGUGCUUCUUACCCCUCAGAAAUUGGCUGUAGCCUCAGUUAUAUUAAAUUUCAACCAUUUCAAAAGUGGGGCAUAGCUGGAACCAAUUCAACUCUGAAUUUUAUUGUGCUUUCUGGUAUGCUUGAAAUUAAGAAUUGGCAGGCAAGUUCGAAGUUGGAAAGUGCCAUUUUAAAUAAUGGUGACAAAGUAGAGAUUCCACAAGGCUGCUAUUUCAUCUUGACAAACUUGUUGAAUAAAGUCAGUGUUAUGUUAUUUAAACGGAUACUAACUGACAAUAAUACGUUAAGUUAAGUAAUGCAAAUGCUAAGAUUGAGAUAUGCGAACAUUUGUUUUUGUUUACGUUAUGAAGUAUUACAAAUUUUUUGUUUAUUAUUUAAAACAAUAACCAUAGCUAGGAUGCUAUAAAUAUAUUUUGUUAAUUGGA